UAUAUAUAGUGAAAUCUCCAGCCAUUUUAGGACACUUCGCAAUGAGGGGGAAAGCUUGACUAGGUAUCCUAUUGCGCGGGGCGGUGCAAAUUGGACUUCAGCGGACGGUGUAUCCUCUUUUCAGACGACGGACUAAAACGGCCCUCAGCCUAAUUAUCCAAAGAGUAGUUCUCGGCUGCUGUGCUUGGAUUGGGAUUUGUGACCACCCAAUCCGUUCGCCCAAUAAACGAGUGUUCCUUCUCCUCUUGCCUUUUUGUUCCUACCAUUCUUUCCUCCCCGCCGCCGCCGCCGUCCUUGUCGCCACCCGUCUUGGUCUUGCAGUUAGUUUUACGCCCGCUAUUUCCACCUGACAAUCAAUCUACAUUGUCUUCAUGGGAACAGGUGCUUGCACAAUAAUGACGGCCGCCAGUGUCUUGGAACGUGCCAGGCACUCAUUGGAAGGUUACUGGGAGUCUCUGACGUCUGACAAGAAGACACAAUAUCUUUUGAUAUGCUCGGUAUACCUCUUGAUCUUUGCAUAUCACACCCGGCGCAGUCUGCCAGUCUACCAUGCCACAUUUCGCAAGCAAGGCUCCUUCUCACUGGUGCUACAUAUCCUAGCCGGUUCGUUCGAGCUUGUACGAUAUUACACCCGGGCUGUUGAGGGAAAUGUGGUACCAGAACUCCUCGACACCGUCGCAUGCUUCGUCCAGGCAUUCACAACUCUGCGCCUCACAAAGACCUUGUUGCGGGGCAAUAUAACGACACGACCGUCUUACCAGGCUCCCGCAUUGAUGCGGCCCUUCAUCGGACUGGCUGCCAUCGUCUACCAGAGCGCCGCUAUACACCGGGCAUCAGUCAAGCUUCUCCACGCCUUCCUCUACACUCGAAUGAUCAUAUUCUCGGCCAAGUUGACGAGGGCGUAUAGCGAUAUUUCCUUCUUUUUAUCACACUGUUGCAAAGCCAGAAGUCUCCCUUCUCCCUAUUUCCAACGAUUUUGGUGAGCCGCCGGCCAUACGGAUCGAUAGGUGACUUCCUCCCCCUCUUCUUCCUGUGUAGCCACUCGGUCGGCACGUAAUCUUGGCGUUGGAUCUUGAUCUUGCUCAUCAAGCUAACUUCGGUACGGAUUUCGUCGGUGUCGAUAUCUCGGAGCUGGUCGGCAACGGACCGUCCCUCGCGAAAAGUAGCAAACGCGGUGCUUCCGGCUGCGGCGGAUCUCGUGUUCAGUGUCGAGGGCUGGCUGGCCGUCUCGGUAACUGCUUCCGAGAGGGCGGUCACCGAAGAGGUAUCGUCAAUAUCGGACAUGUUGACGGUGAUGAGCGUGGUGCUCAGGGCUAACUUUUGGCCGUGCCAGCAGGAUUUUUACCAUCCAAGCCACCGUGGCUAUGACCACCAUAGGGUCCCUGCUUACCAAGCCGGUAUCAAGACAAGUC